CAGCUCGCACCUUCUAUAAAUCUCUCUCGCCGACGUGAUCAAGAGCAACAAGGAACAGCAAGCAGCCCAAUCCACUCAGUCCUCAGCAAGCCAGAACGAUGCACCUGCGCGUGACGCACCGCGACGAGGAGGGCAAGAAGGUGACGGAGAAGGUGCCCAUCCCGGAGACCCGGCGCCCGGACACGGCCAAGCACUUCGAGCGCAAGCUCGAGGAGCAGGGCCUGCACCGCCUCGAGCGCCACCCGGCCAACGCACCCCGCGGCGUCGGCAUCGGCGCGCCCCCGCCCAAGUCAGGGCGCGGCGGCAAGUACACCUGGGAGGGGCCCGGCGGCCUCGCCGGCAGCGAGCUCGACCCGGCCCCGCCUGCUAUCGACCGCAACGACCCCAACUACGAGGAGGAGGGCGGACCCGCGGCUGAGGACGAGGUGGCCAAGGAGGUGGUCGUCGGGGAGGUGGAGGUCGCCAAGGUGGCCGAGGCCAGGGACGGGGUGGCCAGGGUCGAUGUCGCGCCGCCACUGCUCCAUGAGGAGUAGCUGCUUCUCGUUGCUAAAAACUGCUCAACAUGCGUGAAACAGAACUGUAUUUUGCUGUACUAAUCAAUAAUCCUGUGUGAAACAAACUCCUGCUAUUAAUAAAAUAAAACAAAAAUAGAAACGUAUCUCACGGGUUCUUACGAGAAUCAGAAAUCAAACUACCCGUUUGUGACGGAUCUUGGGUUUUUUUUUUUACAAGAAUCAGAAAUCUCCGGUUUCUAGCAAGAAUACGUUCAU